CGCACACACUCCCAGACACACGCACACACACACAUACACGUACACACGGUCGAUCGACUUGAGCUCCCGUGGCGAGAGGACAGAAUUUUCCUGGCCUGUCAUUCCCACCCUGCUCCAGAGUGCUCGUGUGUCCAUUUUGUUGUAACCAGCGAAGCCUAGACUGACUGGAGAGUUCCUGUACGCCCAGUCUGUCGAGGAGGAGGAGAGGCAGACCUUGCAGAACCGAGGGGACUAUCUGGCUUAUUCCGUCUACACUGCUAACACCACGCGGGAACAUCGUCCAUGCUGCCACACUUGCUAUAUUUAUCCCCCCAUCCUGACGGGCCAAUACUCAGGCGUGUGUCUCCCUGAGUAGUGUAUUCUGCCGUCGGUAGUGCCCCAGUUUCGUGUGGAGUCUAUAUAUUACUCUCUGCUCAUUGGACAUAGUCACACCUAAACCCAGGUUGAUUUCUUUGCAUUGAGAAUGAUGAAACUCAGGUGUAUCACAUGUUCGGUUGAAAUUAAGAGAAUGGACGCUGAGCUCGAGUCGAUAUGUUGUGUGUUGUAAUCAUGAGUGGUGUCGUGUUGGAAGCUGAGAACUGUACCGAGGUGAAGCGGCCGUGGCAGAUGCAUCCACAAGGUCCGAUGUGGUGGAGCAGGCCAGUGGACAGCGCCGACGAUGGAGGAGGAAUAAGAGGAGUCGCAAUGUGCUCAUGAUACUACUCAAGGACGAGGCCACACACACAACCCCCACCUGGCCCGGGGUACUGCAGGCCGCCCAAUGAUGACGCCCGUAGCCGAUGGGCCACUCACAUCCCCUCGAUCGCCCUGAGGCACCUGCCCUCACAACUGGUUUCCGGAGUUAGAUAGCACUCUUCAGAAAUAGACGAUGAGGAAUAAGUAAAUAAACAGUGAACAUAGACAGACUGGUGUAAUAACACUCGUUCGGUGCUAUAUGCUGGGCGCCUACACAAACGAUUCUACCAAUAAAUGAGUGGUGAAUGGGUUUUGUGAGCCCUGUACAUCUGUCGAGGUCGUGUGUGGCAUAACCCUUACACCCAAGUCAAGGUGGUGUGGAGUGCGGGAAAGGGGAUCCUCAAGAAGCCUUAUAAACUAAAACCACCCACUUGUCAUUAUGGCUGGGACGAGUAAUUCCCGGAGAGCAACCCUGAGUCUCAGUUUUCUUCGUGGAACGAGCCGCCCUUCCCUGAGCCGCGGAUCAUGUCACUGCAGCGUGUAUCAGCCCACCACCACCCCCAUCGUGGAGGAGCAGAGCGCGCGGCUGCUGCCCACCCCAGGAGAGCAAGGUCCAAACAUCGUGAAACCUGGUGUAGACCAUAUAGACGCCAAUGAAGAUGACCAAGCAGAAAUAUAUGGAUACCGCCGAUCAAGAGUCAAAACGGGCAUCACCUGGUUCUUCAUCGUGGUGUCUGCCGGGUUCCUGCGCCUUGUGUUUCACUGGGUGCCCGUGUGGAUGCUCAAGGCCACCCAUUCACAGUGUUCCCUAAAUCAUGCCACCAAGGUUCUCAUAGUGGAAUAUUUCAAGAAGUACAAGAGGAACUUUGUUAAAAGUAUCAAUGAAGUCCGUGCCCAAAAUAUACGCUUACUUCCCAGUUCACCGCAUAAUAAGAUCUGGAAAAGUCUUCAAGAUCUCUUCUAUUUCUUGAUUGAUGCAAGUUAUGAAAAGGAAUACAGUGUUUUGCAUGGUGGAACCAGCCCUGUUGACGAUGGGAUUGAAGAUGUCCAGCAGAUGGAGGAUCUUAAUCUACCCACAACACUUAUGGUUCCCACUCUAGCUGGGUCCAUGACAGAGAUGGAUAGCAUUCGAGUCUUUAAAUGUAGAAAAAUUCUGUACAUCUGGGAAAAAGACACACAAUCAUUCUACAGACUCAGAGGAUUAGAUGUAGGGAACACAGCAGAGGACUUGCAUGGCUACAGAGGACUUUCUUGGGUUGAACAAGCACGGAGGCGGAUCAUAUAUGGAGAAAAUGCUAUUCGGGUGCCAAUUACACCAAUCAAUCAACUCCUCUUUCUUGAAGCCCUAAAUCCAUUCUACAUAUUCCAGCUGUUUUCAGUGUGCUUGUGGUAUUCAGAUGACUAUAUGUGGUAUGCCACAGUUAUUGUGGUAACCUCAGUUGUCUCCUUAGUAUCCGAAGUAUACCAGAUGCACCGAAACCAAGUGGCACUUAGUAACACCAUACAGACAGCAGACACAGUUCAGGUGUUGCGACCAGGUGACCAAGUUGAAAUGAUUCCAUCCGAACACCUUGUUCCAGGAGAUGUGGUAGUCAUACCACCACAAGGAUGCAUGAUGCAGUGUGAUGCAGUUCUUCUUCAAGGAAACUGUAUAGUUAAUGAGUCUAUGCUUACUGGAGAAUCUGUUCCAGUCACCAAAACUUCAAUUGUUGAUCGCCCAGAUGUAAUCUAUAAAGAAAAGGAACAUGGGCGGCACACACUCUUCUGUGGCACCCAAAUAAUACAGACCCGCUUUUAUGGAGGGGAGAGGGUGACGGCAGUUGUGGUACGCACCGGGUUCUCCACGAGCAAGGGUUCAUUGGUGCGCUCCAUUAUGUACCCUCCUCCAGUGGACUUCAAAUUCCAACAAGACUCCUACAAAUUUGUUGGAGUUCUAGCAGCCAUUGCAUCUGUAGGAUUCAUUUAUACAGUCGUUACCAAGUUCCUGCGCGACCUGUCACCUUCAGCAAUAGCACUGGAUUCCCUAGAUCUCAUAACAAUUGUAAUCCCUCCAGCACUGCCUAUGGCUAUGACGGUUGGAAUCCUGUAUGCUCUGCAGAGACUUAAACACCAGAAGAUAUUUUGCAUAUCACCACGUUCAAUCAAUAUAUCUGGAGUUUUGAACUGCGUUUGUUUUGAUAAGACCGGUACACUGACUGAAGAUGGCUUGGACAUGAGAGGAGUGGUACCAGUGUCACAAGCCUCAGACAAUGUGGAGCUUACCCCAAUGACAUCUGCAAUGACACUACCUCAUGACCACCUGCUCUUUGCUAUGGCCACUUGUCACUCCAUAACUAUCAUUAACUUAGAGAAAGUUGGGGAUCCUUUAGAUCUCAAGAUGUUUGAAAGCACAGGAUGGACUCUUGAUGAACCAGGUCUAGAUGACACUAAUAAGUAUGAUAUGAUGAUGCCUUCUGUAGUUCGACCUAGUGCACCAGAUGUUGUCAUCAGCAAUGAGAAUGUUGAAACUGAGCCACCACUUGAACUAGGAAUGCUCCGUCAAUUUCCUUUCUCCUCUAGUCUGCAGCGAAUGUCUGUUAUCACUCGCAAACUUGGGGCUUCCAACUUUGAUUUGUACUGUAAGGGUUCUCCUGAGAUGAUUGCCAGUUUAUCUCGCCCAGAAACAAUUCCCACAGACUUUACAGAGCAGCUACAUCAGUAUACCAUUCAGGGUUAUCGUGUGCUGGCACUUGGAUGGCGCCCUCUCAAGCUGUCAUAUUUAAAAGCUCAGCGUAUUAACAGGGAUGAAGUAGAGUGUGACCUCCAAUUCCUUGGACUACUUGUAAUGGAAAACAGGCUAAAGAAGGAGACGACACCUGUUAUUUCUCAACUUCACAAGGCCAGCAUCAAGACAAUAAUGAUCACUGGAGACAAUAUGCUGACUGCACUCAGUGUUGGGCGUGAAUGUGGUCUGGUCAGUCCUCACCAACAAGUGAUUACCAUCACAGCCACGGCCCCUGACGAGGGUUCUGCUGCAAGCCUUGCAUUCCACGCUAACAAGCCUAGCACUCCAGCGACCCCUGUGAUGUCUCAACGAGUGGAUUCUGUGGUCCAAGUUGAUCUUGAUGAAAAGGUGAAUAGUUCAUUUUGCUUUGCCAUGGAAGGAAAAUCUUGGAGAGUGGUACACCAAUACUUUCCAGAAGUAUUACAGAAGCUCGUUGUUCGUGGAGCCAUAUUUGCACGCAUGAACCCAGACCAGAAACAGCAACUUGUGUUAGAACUGCAAGGUCUCGGCUACUUUGUAGGGAUGUGUGGAGAUGGAGCAAAUGACUGUGGUGCUCUCAAGGCGGCUCAUGCAGGAAUUUCUCUUUCGGAGGCUGAAGCAUCUGUUGCUUCUCCUUUCACAUCAGCUGAGCCCAACAUUUCCUGUGUUCCCAAGCUGAUCAAAGAGGGACGCUGUGCUCUUGUUACCAGCUUUGGGGUGUUCAAAUACAUGGCUGCCUAUUCACUUACACAGUUUGUUUCAAUUAUGAUUUUGUACUCAAUUGAUACCAACCUUACCGAUUUUCAGUUUUUAUGGAUUGAUCUUUUUCUGAUCACUGUAUUUGCCAUAUUUUUUGGUCGAACUGAUUCUUACAAUGGUCCCUUGGCAUCAUACUCUCCUCCAGCUGCACUUUUAUCACUUGCUCCAAUUAUGUCCAUUCUACUGCACAUGUUAAUUGUCAUCAGUUUUCAAGCAUUUUCAUUCUUCUAUGUUCAACAGCAGCCUUGGUUUGUCCCAUAUAAUACAUCACUGGCAGAAGAAGAUAUCUUUGGUUGCUAUGAAAAUUAUGCAGUGUUUUCAGUAUCCCAGUUUCAGUAUAUUAUUCUUGCUCUAGUAUUUUCUCGUGGGCCACCUUUCCGUCAACAUGUCUACACAAAUUUUCUCCUUACAGGAUCACUUGUAGUAAUGACUAUUUGUUGUGUGGUGUUCACCGUGGCUCCUCCAGACUUCGUCAUUAGUUUCUUUGAAUUAGUUGUGCCACCUGAUGAUGAUGAAGAGGCAUACUUCUUCAAAUGGCAAAUGGUUAUAAUCUCUGCAUUGUAUUCUCUUCUGGCAAUAUUUACUGAAUAUGUCAUUAUUGACUACAUUUUUUAUCAAAAAUGUAAACCAAAAUUCCAUAACAUUGAUAAAUCAAAGAAGAAAUAUCUUGCUUUGGAAAGAGAUAUGCAACAAGACAAGAACUGGCCACCAUUAGCUACCUGUGAUGCAGAGGUUGGUGUUGACAAAAAAGAACUGAUUCUAGAUGCUUGCAAGCUCCAUGAUGCAACCCUGAAAUCAGAGGUAAAUGGGCAUCCCCCUAAUGUUGUAACCACAGUAACUCAGUUUCAUUCUUCAUUGUGAGGAAUGUAGACCAACAAUAUUACAAAUAACUAAAAUUAAAAUGUUAUUUGCUGAAGAGAAUUAUUGUAAAAAUGUAUUUAUGAUAAUAGUAAUUAGUAGUUGCAUGAGAUGGAAAUAUUAUAUUUCAUUAUCUAAAGAUGACUUUUUGUAAACUUAACUAUUUAUUUGGGACAGACCUUGUAAUUUUACAUGUAACAUAUCUUUCUUUAACCCCUUCACUACGGCCGGGCGAAAACAGCGCCCCGCGCCGUAUCCGAGAUCGCCGCGCGCACCAAAUUUCAAAUGUCGCUACUUAAUAUAACAAGCUUUCAGCCAUAAACUCAACACAAUCAUCAUGUAUUAUAUAUGAAAACAUGCAGAAUUAAAUGGUGCACAUAAAGAAACUCACUACGGCCGGGCCAAAACAGCGCCCCGCGCCGUAUCCAGGAUCGCCGCGCGCGCCAAAUUUUAAAUGUCGCUGCUUAAUAUAACAAGCUUUCAGCCAUAAACUCAACAUAAUCAUUAUAUAUUACAUAUGAAGACAUGCAGAAUUAAACAGUGCACACAAAGAAGCAGAAAUUAAUUGAUAAUUUUGAGAUGUAAGCAUAAAUAUAAAGAUGAAAUAACUCGUAUAUUGGCUAAAGCACGCCAGGACGUAGUAUGCGCGUCCUCGGAUAUGGUACGGGGCACGCAAGGACGCAGUAUACGCAUCCUCGUGUUGAAGGGGUUAAGCAUUUUGUGAAACUCAGAUUUGUUCUAUGAGAGAUAAAAGCUGUCUAGAGUAUACAAAUAAAGAAAGGAACUAUAUUUA